AUGGUUGUUAAAAAGGAAGUUAAAGAGAAGGCUGGUAAUCCAAUGCGGGAAAUAAAAAUCCAGAAGCUUUGUGUGGAUAUAUGUGUCGGUGAAAGUGGUGACAGGCUGACCCGAGCCGCCAAAGUACUGGAGCAGUUAACGGGUCAGCAACCGGUUUUCAGUAAAGCACACAAAACUAUUCGGACAUUUUCAAUCAGACGUAAUGAAAAAAUUGCUGUACACUGCACUGUCAGAGGUCCUAAGGCGGAAGAGAUCUUGGAGAAAGGUCUGAAGGUGAGAGAGUACGAACUUCCAAAGUCCUGCUUCAGUAAGACUGGGAACUUCGGAUUCGGGCUAACAGAACAUAUCGAUUUGGGAAUAAAAUAUGAUCCUUCGAUCGGUAUUUAUGGGAUGAAUUUCUACGUCAUUUUAGGAAGACCGGGGCUGCGUGUUCGUUAUCGUCGAGUUGGUAACAGUCAUCAUGUUCAAAAGGAAGAAGCAAUGAAGUGGUUCCAGACUAAAUUUGACGGCAUAUUACUAAACAAAUAA